AUGGCAGACGAAUACUCCACGGAAAAGGUUGAUCUCUUGAUCGUCGGCGCAGGACCCCAUGGCCUCUCCGUCGCCUCAACAUACCAUACCCUGCACCCCACCUCUCCUUUCCUCAUCCUCGACUCCGCACUUUCACUCGGAGGAGUCUGGGCUUCAGAACGUCUAUACAAGGAUUUAUACACCAACAAUCGACUUGGAACCUAUGAGUUCCCCGAUUUUGAAAUGGACGCAAAGAAGCUUGGGAUGGAAGGAACAGGACAUAUACCCGGGUCCAUCGUGCACGAUUACCUCCAAGCAUACGCCGAAAAAAAGGAUCUAGUGCGUUUUAUGCGGCUAGAUACAAAAGUCAUGAGUAUCGAAUCCAUUGGGGAUGAAGGAUGGAUAGUUGUUUUUUUCUGCCAAGGAGAACAUGGGAUUUUGAGGGCGAAAAAGUUGGUCCUUGCAACUGGAUUGACAUCGACUCCACGAAUACCUCUUUUCAAAGGACAAGAAGAAUUCACACCUCCAAUUCUUCAUACCAAGAAUCUCGCAACCCUGACUCCACCCUUCUUGAGUAAAUUGAACAGGGUAGUUGUUUACGGAGCUAACAAAUCCGGAUGCGAUGCAUCUUAUACUCUUGCUAGUAACGGCAUCCAUGUCCAUCUGCUCGUUCGCGAAAAUGGCGGUGGUCCUGCUUGGAUGACACCAGCUCUUCUUUCUCCUUUACGUCUUCGCUUGGAGAAUUUGGCUGCUACCCGACUCUUUUCGUUGUUUUCGCCCACACUAAAUCCUGAUGAUGGAUACGUCCUCACGCGGCGAUUUCUGCAUCAUACACUUCUCGGUCGAUUUCACGUGUGGAUAUUUUGGUGGAUAUUAGAGAUUGGUUUGAGGAUGUCUGUUCCGUAUGAAAUUAAUGAGUCGAUGAGGAGACUGAAACCGUGGAAAGGGCCCUUUGACGUUACGACGUCGUUGGCUUUUCACACGUAUCCAGUGGACUUCUGGAGGUUGGUUGGGAAGGGUAUGAUUACUGUUCAUGUUACGGAAAUAGGACAUCUUGAGGGGCGGAGUGUUUGUCUGACUGGUGGCCAGAGGUUGGAAGUCGAUGCCUUGAUACUUUCAACAGGCUGGGAGUCCACACCAUCUAUCAAAGUCCUCCCAGAAAACCUCGACCUCGGUCUCCCUGGCUCACUCAUGUCUGACACAGAAUCCAAAAUCUGGAGUUCCGUUGAGGGCAUGAUUUUAAAGGAGUUCUCAUUUCUUGAAAAACCGAGAACAAAUGAAUCUUCGCGUUUUUCCUCACCAGCCUCCAAAGACAAGGCGCAAAGACCAUUCUACAACCUGACGCGCCAUAUGAUCCCACCUCAAUACCCCCACAAAACAAUCGCAUUCGCAGGCGCGAUGCAAACAGGCCAUACACCUAUUUUAGCAUAUAUUCAAGGCCUUUGGAUCUGUGCAUAUUUUGACGAUGAGAUUUCUUUCCCGAAAUCACCAGCGCAUCAAUCAUCUUCUAUCCCACCCAAUCAACUCUUGAAAGAUACAACACUCGCAACAACAUUUCAUCAUCUCCGAUAUCCAAAAAGCGGAAAGGUAUAUCCGAGUUUUAUGUUUGACAUCUUACCUUAUGCGGACUUGUUGUUGAGGGACUUGGGGUUAGAAGAGAAGAGGAGGUGGUGGUUUCGGGAUGUGUUCAUGAGCUGGAGUGUCAGUGAUUUUGAGGGGCUACUUGAGGAGUGGAGUAUGAAGAAGAAAGUUGAUUGA